AUGCCCAGGGGGCCCCUGCUUCAGCCUUCUGAUGGGAAUGGGCUGCAGGAAGGCAAUGUCCGCCACCUGGUGCAGCCCCGAGGGUCGAGGAAUGGACCAGGACCCUGGCAGGGAGGUCGAAGGAAAUUCCGCCGCCAGCGGCCACGCCUCUCCCACAAGGGCCCCAUGCCAUUCUGAAGCAGGAUGGAAGGGGGCCCUGAGUGCCUGCCCCCUGCAACUCUUGCCAGUCCAUAGGUUGGUCUGCUUCUCUGGAGCCCUCACGUCCAUUUGCCUCUCAUCUUGCACCUGUCCUCGCUGCUGAUGGUCCCGGCUCUUCUCACCCACCGGCUUCCCCAAACGGCAUGAUCCUGCCCCUGGUUGUGAUGAUUCCCUUUCUCUCCAGUGGAUUCAUUAGCCCCUCUUCCUGGUCCUUCUCUGGACUGACUUUGGAGACCCAGCACUGGAAGGCCAGCCUUCUCCCGCCCCACCCCCUUCCUCUGAUCCCCACCUCCCCCCAUCUAACAGCUCAAACUUCACCCAGCCCUCCCUUCCUCCAGCACGCUCUGUGGGCUGCGGGGAAACACUCCCUUCUUCAGUGGGCUCCAGCAGAUCCUAGGCCUUCCAGGCAGGCGGACCCUUCCCUGGGCAAGGAGCCUCUGGUUAGAGGGGUUGGGGCUUUGGGAUGUAGGCAGGGUGCCUUGGGGGGCAUUGGAAUGGAGGUCAGGCCUCUGGUGAAGGGGAGAGGGGAGGCAAUGGAGAAGGAAAGCUGCUGUGGCCUCUUCCUUUCCCUAUGUGUGGCUUAAGGAAGAGGCGAAGGAGACGGGCCAUGAAGUACUCUGUUACCUCUCUCACCUUUCUGUGUCUCCUAACACUGCCCCCUCGCCCCAACUCCUUCCCUCCCUUGCCUUCUCACUCAGGAGAUGGCUCUCUACUCUCCCAGGAACAAAAGCCAAGCAGGAGGAGUGUUUUGUUGUUGUUGUUGUUGUUGUUGUUGUUGUUGUUGUUGAUGAUGAUGAUGAUGAUGUAUUGCCAAGAAUCUCAAUGCCAGCACCAAAAGGAGCCUUGAUGCUCACUAAGCUUUGCCUCCAUAUGCAAACUCCUCCAAAAAUGGUCCUGGAGAGGGAUAGUGACCUAUUCAGGGUCACUGCAGAGCCAGAAUGAGGAUCCAGGUCUCCUGGCUCCCAUUUGAUGAUGUCCUAUUCCCUCUUAGUGAUGUAUUUUCAGAACACAUUAAGUGCCUUUCCCGAGGUUGGGACUGGGGGUUGCAGGGGAGGGAGAGGCAAGCCAGCUAUGAACUGCCCCGUGGUGGUGUGGGGACUGAGCUGUUCCUGCCUCCCUGGCCUGCCCCUGCCAGUCCAUUCCCCAGCCAGGGCUGGAAAGAUCCAUAACUUGCCAACUGCCCCCAUUCUUGCAGCACUUCCAGACCCCAGGGAUUCUUAUAGGGACAGCUCAGGUACUGAGGCUACUGUUCCAACUCCAACACCAGUUUUCAGAAGCCAGAAGGUAGCCUUCAGUAAUUGGACUCGGUAGUCUUCCCUUCGUGUUGACUGGACCUUCAUUCCCACUGGCCUUUCCUUAAGGGAGGAGGAAGGGGGAGAAGAAGGAAGGGAGGGAAGGAAGGGGAGAAGGAAGGAAGGAAAGAUGAAAGGAAGUAUAGGUCUGAGCAGGCUUCCUUCUCAGAGGCCUCCCAGGGGAGACAAGAGCCUGAUGGCCACCUAUGUAUGUGUGGGGACAGGGGGAGUCAGGGCCCCCCAGGUCCCACAGUAACUCCAAUAUUGCCUAACCACCUCUCCACCUUACCUCUGCUGCUGCUGCUGCUACUGCUGCUACUGCUUCAAGGCCCACCCUGAGGAGCCAAGCUGGGCACCUGCUUCCCCCCACACCCCCCAGGUUGGGAGUGGGGGCUGGCCAGAGUCCAGAAAGCCUCUUCUGCCACUGAUGCCCCCACCAGGGGUUGGGCCUUCUUCCUCACGCCCCCUCUGCGUCUCCUGCCUCAUCAGCUGCCUAGCCCCGUGGGGAAAGGGGGAAAGCUGGCGAAGUCUAGAGGCACGAGGCAGAAGAGGGCAGUGGGAGGCUGGGGGACUGUCUUAUUUAAAAUGGUUGUGUAUGAUUCCUAUACUAAUUUAUACAAAGAUAUUAAGGCCCUUUUCAUUAAGAAAUUGUCCCCUUCCUAUAAUUAUGUUCACUGUGUUUGUAAAGAUUGUUCUGUGUAAAUAUGUCUUUAUAAUAAAGAGUUAAAAAACUGACAAUUCACCCUUACUCUUGGAGGUCAUAUUCAGGAGGGGUAUUCCUGUCCCUUGACGUUCAUGGUUGUCCCCAUGCCCACAUGUCGCACUUGCACGGAGGUAAGUGCCUGCAUCCUUAAAGGAUUCCAGGUCAAAUGGCCUUGAACCAAUUUGCCAUAAAUUCACAAAAGAACUCUCUAUUCUUAAUGACUGGUUCACAUAACACUCAGCCCGCUUUCAAAUGUUUUGGCAUCUGUUUGGGUGUCUUUUUCUUUUUUUCUUCAGUGUCAUUUAAAGAUUUUUAAAAAGCAAUUUAUUUAAGGACAUUCUGGUUAAAGGUGGGAUUUCUACUAAAAUGUGUCUUAUAUCCAUGGUGGGUGUCUUCUGAUUUUAUCUACUUUUGAACACUUUCAGGACUUUUUAGCCAGUUUGCCUUUCUUGAAAAUUGUUGUUUCUUGCAAUAAGCGCAUUUGGUAAUGGCUUUGUAUGUAUCACUUUAUGUUUCACAAAAUAGAGCUGCUUGAUGAAUGAGAAUGCCUGAAAAAUAAACUGCAAGGAGUUCAAUACAA